GUUAGUCCACCAAUCCCCCUGAAGUAUAGACGUAUAAAAACAGUGCAAAGUUGAGGUUCACAUAUGUUGACACUUGACCAUAGAUAAGUACUCUACUUUGUGCAGUUGACAAGUUGAAAAUUGACAAUGACGUUAACACCUGGUUCGAUUUCAAACUGACAAAAACAUGUAGAUUUGAAUAACAAUAAGUCACAAAUAUCAACUUUUGAUAGUUAUAAGUAAUUUAAUAAUUUUACAAGUUGCGUUUAUUCAAAACAUUGUGAAUUAGUUUUGACAUGAACAUUAUUAACUUCCUUGAUUUCCGAAGAUUCCAAAUGAAGAACAUUUGGAUCUAUAUUUUACUAUUUUGUUUAAAAUGUAACAGCUGUGUUACACAAAAAGGACCGGAUCCGUGGGACUAUGAAAGUCAUCGUUUGCCCCCACAAUUUUCAGAGAAUAUACCUCCAGAUCUUCGACACGUUCCGAAGAAAAUCGUAAAUACAGAAAGCAAUGUUGGAAUGAGCGAAUGGUUUUUCAAACGUAUUCUAGUCACAGUUUUAAAAGGUGGUCAAGUAAAGGAAAAUGAAGAUAAAACAGUAGAUGUGGCUUUGCAAAUGAAAUUUAAUGAAGAACAAUGGGCAUUACUAAAUCAAUACACAAUAUCAGACAAGCAACUGACUGAAGAUAACUUCAGACGCACAAUAGGAUACAUAGAAAAUUCAAUUUACAAACCGUCCAUAACAGAAAAGGUUGUGAUGGCAUGGAAUGAGUAUAUACAAAUUUAUUUAAGUCAAUAUCGAGUUGAAAUAACUUGGGUUCUUGGAUUGUUGUCAGUCAAACUUGCAAUGAUUUGGCUUCUAAAAAGGAUGUCACAUCAACAUAUGAUGAUUAUUUUAUUUGCUACACUCUAUUUAUAUGAAGUAUUUGUAUCUUAUAAGGAAGCGGAAAAGCAAGAUUUGGAGCGAUUCCUAUCUGCUAUUAAUAAAUGCAAAUGGUACUUCUGGUCAUCAGACUGUGAUGUGCCGCCACCUGAUCCACUGAUGUUCUUGAAACAUAUGAACCCUUUGAAGAUUGGAAUUAGAAUAUUUACCACAUUGAUCACUGAACCAAUGUUAAUAAUAAGUGAUAACAUUAAAACAAUUAUUCAUGGUAUCACAGAUGGGCUAUGGUUUCCAUUGGAUAAAAUAAUGUUUGGCAUGUUAAUAAUUAUCUUCAACACAUUAUUGAUCUUCCUCUUGAUAAUGGUAAUCUUUAAUUACAUACUAAAUAUACCAUUCAAUCUCAGUUUUCUGGGCUUGAUAAAUAUCGGGUUGAAGUCACGGAAUAGGUUUUCUGUAAAUACUAACGAAGGGACAUUAAAAAUUGACGAUGGUGAUAGAAUAAGUGGACCAAGACUGGACAGAUUGUUAGAUAUUUGUUCCCGAGCUCUUUCAACACAACACAGUGAAGUUUCACAAAAUGGUAAUGCUAAGUUGCAAAUAAAAUCAGGUAGUUCAACAUUAAGAAGAUCUGCUAGUACUGGAAGAUUACCUAGUUUACAAACAGAAUGGCUAAGUAAUAAUAGACUGGCUAUUGAAGACAAUGUUAAGAAAAAUAACAUCAGACAACGGAAUAAAAAGGGAACAGAUGGUAGUGGUGAUGCUUAGUAUUGUAAGCAAAUUAAUCAGGUUAGAAUCUGAAACUAGUUGAACCUAACACUGGACUAACUGUGUGAGUAUAGCUGUUUUUUAGGUUAUAUUGCUUCACAAAAGAUUAAUUAAUUUUAUGUGCCAUUAUAAGACUUAAACAUUAUCAUUUGAUAUACAAAGUGAGAACUAAAU